AGCAUGUUCCGGAAACAUCCGACGAACCUACAUUUGAAGACGUCAUGACUUUAUGGAUUGCUGUAAUGCUUUGGUGUGCACGACUGUUAACGAGUCAAGACCCACGGGUGCGACUACGGCGUGCUGCCUGUGAAGGCAACCUUCACCUUAUUAAACGGCUGAUUGCAAAAACUAACUUGCAAAAUCCCGACCCUGUGAAUGGCUGGACUACUUUAAUGUAUGCUACUCGUUACGGCCAUGAUCGCGUUGUGGAAUACCUUCUCAAUAAUGGCCAUGAAGAGAUUGAGCUCUCUAGAGAUUUUGAUAACAAUACAAUAUUGAUGGUUGCUUCGCAAUAUAAUUUCGUAGAA